AGCGCAGCAUCAACUUCCGGUAUAUUUGUACACGUUGGAAGGCAGGUGUCGCGGUACUUUGUAAUAGUGUAUUUAAUGCGUCGUUUUUGCAUUACAACUGAAUCAUGUUUUCAGUGUUACUCCUUAUAACGUUAGCUUCCAGCGUGCACAUCACCGUUGCUGUGGAACUUACAUUUGAACUGCCAGACAACGCGAAACAGUGCUUUCACGAAGACAUCAAGGAAGGCACACCAUCUACUAUUGAAUACCAGGUUGUAACUGGAGGCCACUAUGAUGUCGAUAUGGCACUGGAAGGACCUGGAAAAGACCAGGUGUACAAGGCGACGAAAAGACAAUUUGAUACUGUGAAAUUCACAGCUUCAAGGACUGGAAUGUACACAAUGUGCUUCAGCAAUGAGUUCUCCACAUUCAGCAACAAGCUUGUGUACUUUAACUUCCAAGUUGGAGAAGAGAAACCAUUGCCUGGCCUUGGAGAACAUCACACUGCAAUGACAAAGAUGGAGUCGUCAUCCGACAGUAUACACAACAACUUGAACACAAUUGUCGACUACCAGACCCAUCAUAAACUACGUGAAGCACAAGGCAGGAAACGUGCCGAAGACUUGAACUCACGUGUCAUGUACUGGUCACUUGGUGAGACUGUUGCCAUCCUGGUGAUAUUUAUUGGACAGGUGUUCAUCCUGAAAGGUUUUUUUACGGACAAGAGGCCCAUGGUGUCGACGUAAUGGCUGUCAUGAAUUUCCUGCAGUUAAUAUUUCACUUUUUUUUUUUUCAGAAAAGCUCGAGAACAUUUAGCACUGCAUCGUUUUAGUUUCCCUUCGAAUCCCCCAUUUUGCAGUUGCUCUUCAGGAUUGUGACAUGCACACAUUGUUGUAAGUCAUGGAUGUUUUAAGAAAACAGCCAUCAUGUUUCAGGCUUUUACAAGAGAGACCAUGAGCUGCGAGUGAAACUAUGUUGACUCUCUGGGAAACGUAUGUGAGUUUGUUUGUGUUGUGCAUGAAGAAAAUGGCAGUAUUUUGUUGAAUUUUCCACACAGUUGGCUUGCAUGAAAAACAAAUUGUGCUCUGUUAUCUUAAACAGUCACUUUUUAUGGAAAAUAAAGCUUGGAAUAAUUCUCAAAUAUCGAAACAGGAUCAAAUUCCCCAUUGCUUUGAAACACUCACAUUUUGUAGUAGCACUUGGCACCAAGAAUUAGAUACUCAUGAUGUAUUCGCGGAUUAGGAGCAGAACAAAAGGUUGCCAACACUACAGGAAUGUUUGAUCCAGUUCUAGUUUGAACCUGGAAGCCAACCAGUCCCAAUUACUUUGAUCUGUGUUCAUUUAUCACUUAUCUUUCGUGUUCUUGAAGUGCACGAAUAUUGGUUCUGGUGCACUUCUGGCAAGGUACCUGGUACGUACGGCCCACAGUGAUUUGCUUUGUAGGAAGUCAGUAAAAGUGUACGAAUGUCAUCAGUGAAAUACCUAAAAGGUCAUUAAAGGAAUUAGCGCUUG